AUGGAGAUCCUAACUGGGUUCUUGGCGUCAAGGUCCCAAUCUACUAUAGGUGCUGGGGACAAGAAGAUUUCUCAUACAGGGGAGAAGCCUUAUCAGUGUGAUCACUGUGGCAAAGACUUCAGUCAGAACUCCCUCCUCACUGAACAUCAAAGAGGCCACACUGGGGACAGACUCUGUAUAUGCAAUGUGUGUGGGAAAGACUUUAUUCACUAUACAAACCUAGUUGAACAUCAACAUGUACAUACAGAAGAAAAGCCAUUCAAGUGUGCACAGUGUGGAAAAGCAUUUUGUCACAGUUCAGACCUGCUUCGGCACCAGAGGGUACAUACCAGAGAGAGGCCUUUUGAAUGCAAAGAGUGUGGGAAAGGCUUUAGUCAGAGCUCCUUACUUAUUCGCCAUCAAAGAAUUCACACAGGAGAGAGACCCUAUGAGUGUAAUGAGUGUGGAAAAUCUUUCAUUCGGAGCUCAAGCCUUAUUCGGCAUUACCAGAUCCACACAGAGGUAAAACAGUAUGAAUGCAGAGACUGUGGGAAAGCCUUCCGACACCGUUCAGAUCUCAUUGAGCACCAGAGAAUUCACACUGGAGAGAGACCCUUUGAAUGUCAUGAGUGUGGGAAGGCCUUUAUUCGAAGCUCAAAGCUCAUUCAGCAUCAGAGAAUUCAUACUGGAGAACGGCCUUAUGUCUGCAAUGAGUGUGGGAAGCGUUUUAGUCAGACAUCCAACUUCACUCAGCAUCAGAGAAUCCAUACAGGGGAAAAGCUCUAUGAGUGUAAUGAGUGUGGGAAAGCCUUCUUUCUGAGUUCAUACCUUAUACGACACCAGAAAAUCCACACUGGUGAGCGGGUAUAUGAAUGUAAAGAAUGUGGCAAGGCUUUUCUGCAGAAGGCCCACCUCACUGAGCAUCAGAAGAUCCAUACUGGAGACAGACCCUUUGAGUGCAAAGACUGUGGGAAAGCCUUCAUCCAGAGCUCUAAGCUGUUGCUACAUCAAAUUGUCCAUACUGGAGAGAAGCCUUAUGUGUGCAGUUACUGCGGGAAAGGCUUUAUACAGAGGUCCAAUUUCCUUCAGCACCAGAAGAUGCAUACUGAAGAGAAGCUCUACAAGUACAGUCAACAUGGAAAAGAUCUUACCCCACCCCCAGAUAUUGUCCACCAGGAGGAUCUUUCCUUGAGUGAGACUUCCAUUCAUUUAGGAGAGAAAUCUAUAGAACAGGAGUGUCAUGCAGAUAAUUUAUAAGACAUUCAUUCUCGGAGUCAGUAAGUGGUGCUUGGAGAUACUUAGUAUAUCUAAGAUGUGGAUUGUCACGGUUUUCCAAGUCACAUUUCUCAAGUCACAGAUGGGCUGCUUUUGGUUAAAUCUCUUGUCUGUCACCAGAACAAGAAAGCUGGGGGGACUGGACAGCUGACUUUGAGCUGAACACUGAGAAUUUUCUAGGUUUUCUUUGAAGUUCCAGAACACCAUUGAUUUAAACCCUUUCAGGGCAGAGCUGUGUUGCUUAAGAGGUGGUUGCCUAUCUGAAAGGUUGAAGAAAGGGGCUUUUCACAUGCUGAACUCCAAGCCAUGGGAUUUAAUCCCUGACCUUUGCUUUCACGACUGCUUGACUCUUGGUGACACAUUUGAUGUGUGCCUCUGCCUAUGUCCUCCAGGCUGCCCCCAGUUCUAUUUGUGAUGCCCCCCCCCUUCUCCCAGGUGCUCCUGUUUACUAUGUGAGGCCUCUCUCAGGCACCAUGCUUAUUUAGUACUGAGCUAGAUUUGUGCCCUGUGCUUCUGUUUCUCAGUGCUGGCCUCUGCUACUGUAUUUGCUUUUAAAUUACACAAUUUUAAAUUCUUUCAUUGUGCUCUGUUCCCCGAGUGAUCUUGUGUUAGUGAUUCCUAUGACCCUAGUGUCUAGCACAUGACAAUAA